UCAAAGAGACUCACAACUCUUUUUGCCACCGAAGAAAAGCAAGCUGGACAUGGCACCCCAUUCAGUUAUGCUUUCGUCUUUUGACCAUCUUCACUUCAGUGACAAGGACAAAAUGAAGCUGAGGAAGCCAAUUGUUGAAAAGAUGCGCAGAGACCGCAUCAACAGCUGCAUCGACCAGCUCAAGAGUCUCCUGGAGAAGGAGUUUCACAGCCACGACCCCAGCGCCAAACUGGAGAAGGCCGAUAUCCUGGAAAUGACCGUCAGCUUUCUCAAACAGCAGCGGCUUCCUCAGAGGGACUAUAAUGAAGGCUACUCUCACUGCUGGAGGGAGUCUGUCCACUUCCUCACUCUUCAUUCCACCGGAGGAGGACCUGGCUGGGAGCUCCAGCAUCUCCACAACGGCCAGCAAACGAGCGCUGCUAUCGGCUCCGCUCCACCAGGACCUUCCUCUAAACUGAGCACGGCUGGUUUGCAACAGCCUGACAUCAGGAGGCCCGUCUGGAGACCCUGGUAGAGAUGCGGUGAACCGUAAACCCUGAGGGACAGUCGUAUUAACGUCUCUCAUGAAAGUAGGAGAUUCAUUUCCAAGGUGUACGUUUGUGUUGUCAUCAUAUUGAUUGACAAAAACUUAAGACAAACAUGUGUUUGUCAAUAGAAAGAGGUGGAUUUAUGUGCUUCUUGUUCUGUUUUAAUAGCUCUUAAUGUGAUUUUUACCACAUGUGAUUACUUAAAUUGUUUUUUUGUAUAUGUUUUGAUGUAUGCAUAUUUA